AAGUAUGAAGUUUUUUGAUCAUUGCAAUCAAAUCAUUUCAGUUUGUUCCAAAGCUUUGACAUGUCGAAUGUUGAAGCAUACACUCCAUCGCCAUCUCAGUGAUUAGUGUACAAUUCAAAAUGGUAGUAUAUUAAAAGAGAUGGAAUAAUAAAACUGGUUUUACAGAUUUUUGUACUUAUAAGAAAAAACCAAAAUUAUCGUCGGCUAAUUCCGGUUUAAUCAAAAAAUUGGAAAUUAUCACAUAAGUUUUUCUUUACUGUCAAGAAAUUUGUAAUCAUCCAUAAAACUUUCUUGUUAAACAGAAGCAUUUAAACUGUGUAUAAAAUAUCUUUUGAACACUGAAAACAAUAUACAAAACUGGAUUGGCAAUCAGUAUUCGAGGUGUUCUUCAUCGCGACAACUUUGCCUAAAACUGAACUUACAAAACUGUGUAUAAACAUCUUCUGAACUCUGAAAACUAUAUACAAAACUGGAUAAAAAAUAUAGUACUCAAUGUGACAAUGUGUUAUGGAACUUUUGAUCAAGCAAUGUGUUUGUUUCUGCACUUCGAUGAUCACUUUGGACUAAUCUUGAUUUUACAGUUUUUUUUGGAACUUGUGAUCAAGCUGUGUGUUUGUUGUUGCACUUUUCUGAUCAAGUAAUGUUCUUUGGGUAAAGAUAAAGUAGAAGUCCAAAGAAGUUGAUAAUUGAUAGAUGCUAAAUGUUCUUCCUUGUAAGUUCAUUUAUAAAAGAUUUGUGUUCUAGUUUACGACUAAACCGGAACGUACAAAUAAGAUAGUUAAGUUUUGUAAGUUAAUAAUUGAUGAUUAAAUUAAAUUAAAUAGUUAUUAUUAACUCAGUAGCAUUUUGCCAUUUAGGCGUAAAUAAAGUGAUCUUUGAAGGGUGAUUUAUAAAGUGUAUUUCAACUUUCAACUUUAACUAGAACUUGAUCCGUGCGGUCGUAAUUGUUUUGAUUUUUUAAAUAAAAUUUUGUUUUGUAUAAAUUAUAUAAUAUAAAUUUAUUGUUUACAUAUAUUAUAUAACGUUUAAUAUAACAUUUUAAACAUAAUAAUUAUAUUUAUUACAUUGAGUAACUAUUUUUUUAACAGUAAAUUAUAUCACCAAUACUUUUAUCUUAUAAAUUUAUUGUAUUCAGCUUUCAAUGAAUUUUAAUUUAUAUGAAAAUAGGCUACCAAUAAUAUAUUAACGGAAUAAUUCAUAUUUUAUUUAUAUAUUAUAUAAAUGAUUAUUUUAGUGUUUAGUUAUGACUAAUAAAUAAUGAGAAAUAUAACUAUAUAGUUUUAAAAUGAUAUUGUGUUCUAAAUUUAUUAAACGGAUACCUAAAUCAGUUUAUGUGACUUUUAAAAGUUAUUUUAUGUUUAUAUAAAUUAAUUAUUAUUUUACAUUUAAAAUUAUAUCACGUUUUGUCAUGUUUAUUAAUUAAUGACACACCUGUUUCUAUUCUAAAUCAAUUAUAUAUAAAUGCAUGCUGGAAUUUAUAUAAGUUUAGUUGACUAAAUCCCAUGACACACAUAACUAAAUCUAAAUGUCAGACAUAUUCAUCUUUAUAACGAUUUGAAAAUUAAUUCAGUAUCAAUCUAAAAUUCUAUUUAAAAUUUUGAUGCAUCUGACUUAUAAAACCACUCACAUGACUAUAUAUAUAUAUAUGAAGUAUAUAUAUUUUUUAAAUAGAUAUAUAUAUAUAUAUUAUUAUUUUUUGUUUAUUAAUUAGUGAAUUUUAGUUUUUAAGAAAAAAUGAAACUCAGUAAAUUUGGAAAAGUAGUGAUUAUAUAAUGGAUUUGUAUAUCUGUUAAAAUUCAUUAGGUAGUCUUAUUUUUUUUAUAAUUUGCGUCUUACCAAUUACAGAGAUCAUAAAUAUAAGGAUCUUGAAUUGUGGUAUAUUAAUUAAAUUUUAAAUUAUCAUGAAUUUGUUGUGAAUUCAGUUUAGGUAAUUGCCUAUUAAAUUAGGAAAAGAUAAUUAAUGAUAAAGUUAAGUUAAUUAUUACUUCAAUGACAUUUAAGUGUAAAUAAAUUGAAAUUUUAAGGGUUAAUUUACAAGUGUACUUAUUUUUUUAAUACUAUAGGUAGUAUAUAUGUUUUUUAGCAAUAAAUGGUUGGAUGAUAAAAAUCUGAUAUUUUACAACUGUUGUACCAACUAAAACUUUUUACAACUGUUGUACCAACUAAAACCAAAAUCCAAUUUAGAGGAGGAUGAUUAGAAAGGGGUGUAGCUUUAUAUUUUUUGAUAGAUAUUAGGCUGUAAUUUUUUUUACUGUAACUUUAAUUUGUUUGAUGUAAAUUUAUUUUCAAAGACCACUGAAAAGUACUAAAUACGCUGCAGAAAAAUUGAUUUUUAGAGAUAACAUAUUUGUGAAACGCGAUUACAUUACAAAAAUGGUUUUAGAAAGAAAAAUGGCUUUCUAGAGUAUAUAUAGCCCUUCCCAACCAACUCCUUUAACUUCAAACUUCCAAUGAAACUUCCGAUUACCACAAUCCCAUGUCAUACACUUUUAUUUUGUUAAAAAUUAAAUGGUAUGGAAACUGAAUAAUUUCAGAUAUAUUUAAACUUCCAAUGAAACUUCCUAUUACAACAAAUCCCAUUUCAUACGCUUUCAUUUUUUAUAAACGGAAAAGGUGUGGAAACUGAAUCAUGUCAGAUAUAUUUAAUGCAAAGGAAACUGAAAAUAAAAUUAAAACUACAGCAUUUGUUUCCUUAAAUAGAAUUAAAAAAAUUGGACCAAUUUUUUUUUGUCUGAUUUUCAUUUUCAUUGAUACCAAAAAAAAUACAAAGUUAAAAUACUAGAGCCAGCAAAACACAUAAUCAUCCCUGAAAACUAACCCCAACUAGAACAAGGAGAACAAGAACCCAAAUACACGGGCCAUAAUACCAACAUCAAAAUAUAAAACGAAAUCUAAUACUCUUUCAAAUAACCCAAAACCAAACACUUAAUAGAUACAAGAGCAAUGACUUAAAAAAGACUAUGACUAGCAGGAGAUCUUGCAAUAAACUAAUCACGAGAACACACAAUGUAGAAGACUUUUUCGUGAAGAGAAUAAACCUCAUCUAAACCACAUGUUCACGAUGACAACACCCAAACCACAACGAUCUCAUCUGAACCACAAGUUCAUAAUGAUAACCAACAAACCACUACACCUAUACCAAGGCAUAAACUAAGAAAAACAGCAAUCAAAAGAAUACUCAACUCAGACGCACCUUCAUCUGGAAGCCUUGGCGCCUCAGACUCAUUAUAUUGCUUCAAAAAAGGAAGGCACCGAGGGCAGUCAGAGAGCAAAAGCAGACCAGGAAGAUCAAUUAUCAAAAGGGCGAGAGGAGGACCACUUCGAAACCGGGAGAUGAAAAGGUAACCUUGAACCAGCUUCAUCACAAAGACCAGAACCUUCACCAGCUCAACACACACCACCAUGUCACUGCUACACGCUAAAUCAAAGACCAACUAAGCCACACUCUCAAACCCCAGAGAUAAGAAUCGGAUUCAAACCCUUCCAAACUGUCACAAAACCACUCGAAACAGGCCAAAGACACAGCCACUGCAAAACAGGAGAGCCACCAAAGCUUGGAACUUUACCUCGAUUGGAGUCUCAGAAGGAGGCCGGAGAAAGGUGCAAUUGUAUACACCACUGACUUACACCUUUCCAAACUUCCGGAUCCCCCAAAAGUUCAACGGAUCUGAGAAAACAAGGGCUCUUCAAACCCCAUUGCAGUGCACCGGGUAAAGGAGCAAUUUAUCAGAUGUUUUUAUAGAGCCAAAGUUAAUCUCACCAUACUCUCUGUUAAACUCAUAUCUUUUCUACUUUUAGUAAAUUAAUGAAAAUAUGUCUUUAUUCCUAUGUUUCCGUUUCCCCAAAAUUAAAAUUAAAAUUUUUGAAUUUAAAUUUGAUUGUAGAUGUAAAAAUCUUGGUUAAAUUAGGUUUGAUCACAGUUAGAUAGUUAUACCAAGUUAUAUCAUUAUAUAUCAAAUUGUACAUAGAUAAUAGUGCAACUUUUUUUAAUAUAAAAACCAUUUCAUUAAUCGAUCCAAAUGAGCAUAAACAAUGUGUACAAAUAGAGAUUUGGAUAAAAUGCGUACAACAUAAAACUAUCAUGCUACAUUUUUUAAAGGAUACACAGUCAGAUUACUUCGCUAAACUCCGGACCCGACUAAGGAAGGACACACAGAGAAUCACGGUAAGCAGCUUGUCUGUGUGUCCUUCCUUAGAGUCGGGUCCGAAGUUUAGCGAAGUAAUCCGAUUGUGUAUCUUUCGGAAGUGUAACAGGGCACUCUUAGGUCGUAUGAAUUUUAUCCAAAUAUCUGUUUGUACACAUUGUCUAUGUCCAUUCAGGUUAAUAUAUGAAAUCAUUUAUAAAAAAGAAGUUACACUAUAUAUUGUCGAUGUACAAUUUGAUAUAUAGUUUGGUAUAACUAGUGCAACUUGGUUUAACUAUCUAACUGUGAUCACACCUAAUUUAACCAAGAUUUUAAAUUAACAUAGACAAUAGUGCAACUUGAUAUAACUACUGCUUGACAGAGGAAUGUUUGAAGUUUCUUGACUCAAAGAUUUUGUGUUACGCACUUUCAAGGCUCUCGGUGAUGAGCAGAUUUGGCGAAAACCGAAUGCAACACUCGGGUUACAAUUUAGAGGGGAGAUCGUUUGAUUGGGACAGUGUGGAGAUGUAGACGAAGAAGGGCUUACAUCACUUGACCUAAAGAUGUCAUGAAAUUGUCUCUGUGUUCUUGUCAUACACGGAAUAAAAUGUCCAUUUAUUACGUAGGCUACGCUUCUUUGCAAAGGUAGAGAAUUUGGUUGCUGAGACUGUGAUAUCCACUAUCGAAAUUAAUUUUCUAUGUUAAUUUUUCCAUAUAAAUGCAACUAAUUACACAUAAAGACAAACCCCAAAUUAACUUCAGCCAAGUUAUGACGACGAAGCUUCGUGGUCCUAUCCCAACAACAAUCCCACCUCAUACGUAUUAAUAUUAUUUGCACUAGGAACAAGUGUGAUUAUAAGAAUAAAAAAUGAUUUCUUACAUCUUUGAAUUAUGUUUUCAUUUUCUUUUAUAAAUGGAAAUGGUGAAGGUAGAUCUACAACAAAGUUUAACGAGGCAAACUUUAUUUAUUAUAUUGAUUAAAACUUAUGAAUAAAAUACGUCCUUCAAAUAAAAAUUAAAAAAAAAACAAGAAAACAAAUUGAACAAACCUGAAAAAAAGAUAGAUAAUUUUUUUUAAAAGACAAAAAAUAGUUGAUUGACUAUAAAUAAAGAUGUUAAAUUAAGUUAUAUUUAGUUAAAACUUAUGGAUAAAAUCAGAUUUAUUUAAUGAAAUGGAAAUUAAAAAACAAAAUAAAAAAUAGUUGUCUUAACAAUAGCUCCUUAAAAUAAAAAUAAGUAAACAAGAAAUAAAUUGAACAAAUAAAAAACAAUAAAAAUAAAAUAUUUGAAGAAAGACAGAAGUGACUGUAAAUAAAUAUAUAAAAAUAACAUUCAAGAAAACGUAUAUAUUGGACAAUUAGGAAGUACAAUGGAAAACACAGAGAGAGAGAUGGGUCAUGGAACUAGGUGGAACUCCUUCAAAUUCUUUAUGCAUUUGGUCUUUCUGACAAUUGUCAGUGGGAUCAUUUACAUUUUACAUCAUAAAAUAUCAUAGAAAGCUCUUUUUUAUUCCAGCUGCUUUACGUGCUUGACGAAUUGAAAUCUAAAGCCUCCCAAAAGUCUCCCUUUUUAUAACUAAUAUAGGGAGUUGCGUGGAUAGUCGACAAAGCUCCAAAGUUUGGGUCUUUUAAGAACGAACGAUCAUUGGAGCAAAUAGGGUAACCAGCUUCCCUCUUGUCUGUAUAAAACGUUUUAAGUUGCUUUGUACCUUUAUAAAAAUCUCACUAAAAGGUUGAUGCCUUUUGUGAAAAUAGGUUUGAUGCUUUUCAUCCGUUGACUUGUUAUGAUCAAAAAUCUUGUCUUUUGUUGUCGUUCUACUAGUUAAGUUUUUUUGUUGGCUUUCCACUGAUGAUUGUUGACUUUGGUAGAUGUUUUGAUUUGGGCAUGAAACUGUUGUAACUUGUGUUGCAUCAGAGCCUUUUUUAAUAGUACUAAGAUGAUGCAUUUCGUUUUGUAUUUUCCAGCUUUGGGUAUUCGAGAAGAUGGGUUUUGAGGCCUUGGCUUGGUACUGCAAGCCAGUUGCACAAGGAUUUUGGGAGAAAACAGUGGAUGGUGCCUUUGGCGCCUACACACCGUGCGUGGUUAACACAUUAGUGAUGCUUGUUUCUCAAAUUGUGCUUCUUGGUUUGUGUUUGUACCGGAUAUGGAUCAUCUUCCGCAAUGCCAAAGCUCAGUUAUACGUUUUGAGGAACAAGUACUAUAACUGUGUGCUAGGGAUAUUGGCUUGUUACUGUGGUGCUGAGCCUGUACUGAGACUGGUCAUGCGGGUCUCACUCUUUAGCAUGGAUGAAGAGACUUAUCUUCCUCCCUUUGAGGUCGCAUCUUUGACGGUUGAGGCAUUCGCUUGGCUCUCCAUGCUUUCUUUGGUUGGGUUAGAAACCAAACGAUAUGUCAAAGAGUUCAGAUGGUACGUGAGGUUUGGUGUUGUUUAUGUUUUGGUUGCUGAUGCUGUGCUGCUGGACCUUGUGUUACCUCUCAACAACUCACUAAAUAGAACUGCACUAUAUCUCUGCAUCAGUUCAAGAUGUGCUCAGGUUCUUUUUGGAGUUAUGCUUCUUGUUUACAUUCCGGAACUAGAUCCUUACCAGGGUUACCAUACUCUAAACAAUGAAUCAAUAGACAAUGUUGAAUAUGAUGUCCUCCCUGAGGGAGAGAACAUAUGUCCAGAGCGACGUGCCGGCUUCUUUACAGGAAUAUUCUUUGACUGGAUCACGCCGCUUAUGCAGUUAGGCUACAGAAAAACCUUAAACGAGAAGGAUGUUUGGCAAUUGGAUAAAUGGGACCAAACAGAAACUCUGAUUAAAAGAUUUCAAAGAUGCUGGAUUGAAGAAUCACGGAGAAGCAAACCAUGGCUUCUCCGAGCACUGAAUAAAAGCCUUGGUGGACGGUUCUGGUUUGGUGGUAUUUUUAAGAUUGGACAUGAUCUUUCUCAAUUUGUUGGACCGCUUAUACUGAGCCAGUUAUUGCGGGCAAUGCAAGAAGAUGAUCCAGCUUGGGUUGGCUAUGUCUAUGCAUUCUUAAUUUUCGUUGGAGUGACACUAGGUGUGCUUUGUCAAUCUCAGUACUUUCAGCAUGUUGGACGUGCGGCAUUUAGGUUGAGGUCAACUAUGGUUGCAGCUGUAUUCCACAAAUCUUUAAGAUUAACUCAUGAAGCUCGCAAGAAUUUUACAUCUGGAAAGGUCACAAAUAUGAUAACUGCAGAUGCUAGUGCACUUCAGCUAAUAGUAGAACAGCUCCAUGGCUUAUGGUCAGCUCCCUUUCGCAUCAUCAUGUCUAUUAUUCUUCUCUAUCAACAACUAGGAGUUGCUUCCCUUUUCGGUUCACUGAUUCUGUUUCUCCUAAUUCCUCUCCAGACUCUGGUUAUAAACAAAAUGCGGAAACUAACUAAAGAAGGACUCCAAUGGACCGACAAAAGAGUCGGUAUCACGAAUGAGAUCUUGGCAUCCAUGGAUACUGUAAAAUGCUAUGCAUGGGAAAAGAGCUUUGAGUCGCGUAUUGAAGGAAUUAGAAACGAAGAGCUCUCAUGGUUUCGCAAAGCUCAGUUACUAUCAGCUUUUAAUAGUUUCAUACUGAACAGCACCCCAGUAGUUGUGACUGUGGUUUCAUUUGGGGUUUUUGUUCUGUUGGGAGGAGAUUUGACGCCAGCAAGGGCAUUCUCAUCUCUUUCUCUCUUCUCAGUUCUAAGAUCUCCUCUCAACAUGCUACCAAAUCUACUAAGUCAGGCUGUCAACGCAAAUGUUUCACUACAACGCAUUGAGGACUUACUUCUCAGUGAAGAGAGAGUUCUAGCACAUAACCAACCUCUUCAACCAGGAGCUCCAGCCAUUUCAAUUAAGAAUGGAUACUUUUCAUGGGAUUCAAAGACAACAAAUCCCACAUUAUCUAAUAUCAAUUUGGAGAUACCAGUGGGAAGCUUGGUUGCCAUUGUAGGUGGAACCGGAGAAGGUAAGACAUCACUUGUCUCGGCAAUGUUGGGAGAGUUAUCUCAUGGUGAAACCUCAAACGUUGUUAUUAGAGGCUCCGUAGCUUAUGUCCCUCAAGUUUCAUGGAUCUUCAAUGCCACUGUGCGUGAAAACAUUAUAUUUGGGUCGGAUUUUGAAAGGGAAAGAUAUUGGAGGGCUAUUGACGUGACUGCCUUACAACACGAUCUUGAUUUGCUUCCGGGCCGUGAUCUUACAGAGAUUGGAGAACGUGGGGUCAAUAUCAGUGGAGGGCAGAAGCAGAGAGUAUCAAUGGCUAGGGCAGUCUACUCUAAUUCAGAUGUUUACAUAUUCGAUGAUCCUUUGAGUGCUUUAGAUGCUCAUGUUGCUCAGCAGGUCUUUGAUAGUUGCAUGAAGGAAGAGCUGAAGGGCAAAACGAGGAUUCUUAUCACAAAUCAGUUACAUCUUCUUCCUAUGAUGGAUAGAAUUAUUUUAGUCUCCGAGGGAAUGAUUAAAGAGGAAGGGACCUUUGAAGAGCUGUCAGGGAACGGUAGUUUGUUCCAGAAAUUGAUGGAGAAUGCUGGGAAAAUGGAUGCAACCCAAGAGAUGAACAAAUUUGAUGACGAGAAGAUCCCUACUGUCAAUGUUGAAAUAAAACUAGGGAGUACCAAACAAGGUGAAGAUGGAAGAUCCGUGCUUGUCAAGAAAGAAGAACGAGAGUCUGGCAUCAUUAGUUGGAACGUUCUGACGAGGUAUAAAAAUGCAGUAGGAGGGUUAUGGGUAGUUUUGAUUCUCUUGGCAUGCUAUGUAACAACUGAAGCUCUCCGACUCACAAGCUGCACAUGGUUAAGUUUUUGGACUGACCAAAGCACGUCCAAGAGUUACAGUACCGGUUUCUACAUUGUAAUGUUUGCUCUUUUCGGAUUUGGUCAGGUUGCUGUUACGUUUACCAAUUCAUUUUGGCUUCUGACAUCAAGUCUACAUGCGGCUAAAACACUCCAUGACGCAAUGCUGAACUCUAUCCUGAGAGCUCCUAUGCUCUUCUUCGACACAAACCCAACUGGGCGUGUAAUAAAUAGGUUCUCUAAAGAUAUUGGUGAUAUAGAUAGAAUUGUCGCCAACCUGAUGAAUAUGUUCAUGAGCCAGCUGUGGCAACUCCUCUCGACGUUUGCUCUUAUAGGUGCUGUCAGUACCAUUUCAUUGUGGUCAAUAAUGCCACUCCUCAUACUGUUUUAUGCUGCAUACCUCUACUAUCAGAACACAUCACGUGAAGUAAGACGUAUGGAUUCUGUUGCAAGAUCACCUAUUUAUGCUCAAUUUGGAGAAGCAUUGAAUGGUUUGUCAAGCAUCAGAGCCUACAAAGCCUAUGAUCGGAUGGCAAAGAUUAAUGGAAAAUCAGUAGACAACAACAUAAGGUUCACUCUUGCUAAUACUACUUGUAAUCGUUGGCUCACUAUAAGAUUGGAGACUCUUGGAGGUGUCAUGAUUUGGUUAACCGCAACUUUCGCGGUUAUGAGAAGCAGUAAUACAGAGAACCAAGCUGGUUUUGCGUCAACGAUGGGUCUUCUCCUUAGCUACACACUGAAUAUCACUACUCUGAUGAGUGGUGUUCUAAGGCAAGCUAGCAAAGCAGAGAACAGCUUGAACUCUGUUGAGCGAGUCGGUAACUACAUUGAUCUUCCUUCUGAGGGUGCAGAGAUAAUCGAGAGCAAUCGUCCAGUCCCUGGCUGGCCUUCAAGAGGGUCUAUUACAUUUGAAGACGUUCACCUGCGUUAUAGGCCGGGGCUGCCUAUUGUGUUACAUGGACUGUCCUUUUCUGUCUCUCCUAAUGAGAAAGUGGGAGUGGUGGGAAGAACUGGGGCAGGGAAGUCUUCAGUUCUGAAUGCAUUGUUUAGGAUUGUGGAAGUGGAGAAGGGAAGAAUCAUGAUUGAUGAUUAUGAUGUGGCUAAGUUUGGACUGACAGACCUGCGCAGGGUCCUUAGUAUCAUACCACAAUCUCCAGUGCUUUUCUCAGGGACGGUGAGAUUCAACAUUGACCCAUUUGAUGAGCACAAUGAUGCUGACCUCUGGGAGGCUCUACAAAGGGCGCAUAUGAAAGAUGUUAUCGCCAGGAAUCCUUUAGGCCUUGAUACUGAGGUCUCUGAGGGAGGUGAGAAUUUCAGCGUGGGACAAAGGCAACUGUUGAGUCUAGUGCGUGCGUUGCUAAGAAGAUCCAAGAUUCUUGUUCUAGAUGAAGCAACUGCAUCUGUUGAUGUCAGAACAGAUACUCUGAUACAAAGGACCAUCCGUGAGGAAUUCAAGUCUUGCACAAUGCUUGUUAUCGCUCACAGAUUGAAUACCAUCAUCGACUGUGACAAGAUCCUUGUCCUUAGUUCUGGUCAGGCUUUGGAGUAUGAUAGUCCACAAGAACUGCUAUCAAGAGACACAAGCGCUUUCUUUGGGAUGGUUCAUAGCACUGGACUAGCAAAUGCUCAGCACCUUUGCAAUUUGGUCUUCGGAGGGAGAGAAGUGAACGGAAGGAGACAAGAAGGAUUCAAAUCGGCGAAGGAUUCCGGUGGUGACGAAUUCUCCGGCGAGAUUGGACGACGUUGCAGAGUUGUCCGGCGAGAUCCGACGAAGCUACGGCGAGAUUCGACGAAGCUACGGCGAGAUUCGACGAAGCUACGGCGAGAGGCGAGAUCUCCGGUGAACUCGAUGAACUCUGGUGAACUCGGAAAACUCCGACGAACUCGACGAUCUCCGGCGAAUUCCGUGAUGUACAGUGAACUUGGCGAUCUCCUGGCGAAUUCGGCUAUCUUCGACGAACUUGACGAGACUCCGAGCAAGACUGAGAGAGCCAUAGUCAUGGAGAUUAGCGAGGAAGAAGACGACUCUGUAUAUAUUGAAACCAUACAUAUUUAAUCAAAAAUCAUUCCGUUUAUUAGUCUCUCACCGAAAUAAAAAGUUCGUUCUUUUUCUCCUCUCUUUGUCUUGCUACACUCAGUAAAUUUUCUUAGUUGAGCUCUUUGGAAUCUAA